CUCUUCCUACCUAUUUCCCUCAUAAUGUCGGGUUGGGCUAUUGGCCCCGACCCUCUUAAAGAGGAAAUUGCGUCUCUCAAGAGACAGAUCGCGAAUCAAGACAUCAAAUGCUCGCAUUUCGAAAGCCGUCUCCUCAAGACCACUACCCAACUCGAAGAGACGAAGGAUACUCUUAGUGAGGCACAAACCAACUUACGCCGCGAAGCCGACAGGGCAGAACACCUCGAGAAACAACUACUACAAACUAAAGAAGACCUCGAGAAUCAACGAAUUAGCCGUCAGAAUGUCGAGGAUGCUCUUCGUAUCGCAAACGAGAAGACCAAGUCUCAAGAAGUCGCAGCACGGGAAAUGCAGAACACAAUUCAGACCCUUUCCUCGAAGGAAUCCGGAUCUAGCACGGCCUUUUCGAAUUUGCAGAAGGAGAAGGAGAGACUUGAAGGUCGGGUACGUCUCCUCGAGGCUAACUACCAGAACGUUGUAAGCGCCGCUACUCCGGGGCGGCCUGGACGGCCACGGUCAUCAUCUCUCUCCGACAUGAGGCUCACGACGCUCGAACGGGAGCUUCGUGAAACUCAUGCUGCGUUGAACGACUGUCGAUCGAACCUGGAGAAGUCUCAGGAGAAGCUCAGACACGUGGAGGACAAUUUGGUCAGGGCGGAUAAUGAGAAGAUGGCGGUGGAGAGACGAAUGCAGAGUGAGCUGACAAGGAUGAAGGCGCAACUGGACGAGAAGGAUGAGGAUAUUGAACAACUCAAGGCGCAGAGUGGAAGUGAUGGCCUUGGACAGGAAAGGGAGGAAGAGCUGAUAAGAAGGAUCGAGGAAGAGGAAGCGAAGGUUUCAGCUUUGGAGAAGCUGGUUAGAGGGACAAAGGACAUGAAGAAGAUGCAGGAUGCGCUAGAUAGGGCCGAAAAGAGGUUGAAGGCAGAGAUGGAGAAGGUCAAGAAGGGUGAUGAGGUGAAGCAUGACUUGACAAGGACGAGGGACAGGGCGGUGAAGGAUCUCCGGGAUGCUCAGUCCCAGAUCCAAGGUCUCACGCGUGCGCUGGAGGAACGAGAUAGACGUAUCGUCUUCUUGGAUGGACAAGAGAGAGAGUUGCGGUCUCAAGUGGAACAAGCUAGAGAGCAAAUCGCUUCGUUAGAGCAAGUGGGACAACCCGGUAGUACUACAUUCGACCAAGGCCUUCUCAACAAUGACGAAGGUUUCGCGGCUCUUGUCCACUCAACUCCCACUUCGUCAACAGACGGUUCCCCGCCUCCCCCAGUUUACCAGCCUAGGUCGCCGGAAGACCUCCCAUCAGAGGAAGAAGUUGCCAGACUCUUUGCGACCAUCGCGCGGUUACGCAGUGAGCGAGAUGGGCUUCGUCGUGACCUGGAAUACCUCGAGCUCGAAUCCAGGUUUACUACCGAAGGACUGCAGUCCAAAUUGGAUUCCAUCACAGCUACUCUCAACGCAUCGACCAGUGGACCGGACAUCACGAACCAGCAGGAUCUUGUCAAACAAUUGACGAACGAUGUACAGCGCCUUCAAGAGCAACUGGCUCAAGCUAUGUCCCGAGACGGUACUACUCGGGAGACUGCGGACGACCAUGUUGCGCUGGUGGCCACGUCGUCCUUGGUCAUGGUGAGCCACCUCCAAUCUCGUGCCGAGCAGGACCAAGGUACCCUCGUAUCCAUGAAUUUGGAGCUACAACGACUUCGAGGCGAACUUGACGCGCGCCUUGUUCGGGACGAGGAGAACGCUCGGACUAUCGCCGGACUCCAGCACAAUCUCCACCAGGCUCGAACCUCACGGGACGCUUGCGUCCAGGAUCUCAAACAGGCGACGGCCUACCAAGACGAUCUUCUUGCACGCAUUGCUCAACAUGAAGAUCUCGUGGAGGAACUCAGGAAGGAGAAGGACCAAGCCUGCACGGAACUCGAUGAAGUGAACGCAGCUUUCCAGCAGGCCGAGGCCGAGUUGACCCAAGUCACUCAAACUCUCGAGGACAUCGCAGCCGACCACGACUCGCUCGCGCUUCACGUAACGAAUCUCGAGGCGGACCUUGAACAGGCUCAAGAAGACAUCGCCGAAGGUGAACGACGCUACAGCGCUCUUCAAGUUCAGCAAUUGUCGGCUAUGUCAUCGUCAGAAGUCGCUCUCGCUCUCCGGCAGCAGAUAGAAGAGCUGGAGGGUCGUGUUGCGCGUCGCACGGAACAAAUUGGCUUACACCAACACGAUAUCAAGCGGCUGGAAAUCAAUAAUCAGCUCAACGAGGAGAGAAUCGCCGAGAUGGGCUCCGAGCUUGACACCGCGAUCACAGAGAAGGAGAGCAUGCUCCAGGACUGCGCCGACGCUCGAGAGGCACGGAAUCAGGCCUUGCAAAGAGUGGAAGAACUGGAAGAGGAGGUAGAAACUUUAGAUGCGAGGAUCGACGAGGCGGAGGAGAGAGUUCGUGAGGCCGAUGAUAGAGUCCGUACGGCGGAAGAGAGAGCUCAGGAAGCGGAUCAGAGGAUAACCGCGGCCGAGAAUCAACGAACCGCCGAGGCUGCCACUCUCGUUGGUCUCUGGGCGGACGCUAUCUUACGAUCCAGGGCCUCGUCAGGUCAGCCAAAUGCUGCGAUACCAACAAACAGCUCAACGGAGCAAGACCCUGCAGUUCAUCUCGAGCAGGUUACGUCCCACGCCAAUGUCACGGCAUCGCGCCUCGACGAUGCCCUUCUAUCCCUCCGUACUGCGAACGAGACCGUGGAUCGUAUCACGAACCAAGGCCACGAAACAACCGUCGCUCUCGCUGUCUCCCAACUUGAACUUCGUUCGCGGGUACAAUGCCUAAACUACCAACGCACUCGCUACAGUCUUUUGGAAGGACAAGUCGCACAAGUACGACAGGAGCUUGGUUUGCGGCUGAACGAGAUCGCAACCCUUCACGAGCAGCUCGGGUAUGCUCAACAAGCUCAACACGCAACGCCUUUCACUCCGUCAACGGACCUCGAGCUCCGCUUACAACACCUCCAGCAACAGAACGACGAGCUUCAGGUCGAGAAAGCACGACUUCAGGAUAUGUUCGAUCGCUCGCAGGAGGAGCUCCGUGGCCUCAACGACGAUAUUGCCUUUCGUGCACAGAGCAUCCAGACCCUCGAACAGGAACUCGCAACUCUGCGUAACGAGUCAGUGGCAGAAGUUGCGCAGAUUCAGGCUCAACUUACGGACGCAACACAGAAACUAUCCUCAGUCGAGACGAGCCACCAGGCCUCAUGGGACCAACUCUCCCGAUCUUACCAAGAAUUGGACGAACGUUACAAACAUUGUUUGGAGCUUUCCGAAGCAGACAAGCAGCGAGCGCUUGAUGCUGAGGCGGCUCAAACCGCACAAGAAGAGGAGAUGUUAGCUCUUCAGGCUCAUCUCGAUGAACGGUUGCAAGAGCUUGAACAGCUUGGGCGAGAUCGGGAGGAAGAGGAGGAACAUCAUCGACAAACCAUCGACACUUUCACCCGUACGAAGGACGAUUUGGAGGCCCAACUUGCCACAGUCAGGGGAGCUCGUGAUGAUAUACUUCCAGAGCUUGAGCGUCUUCGAGAACAGAUCGCGUCGCGCGCCUCAGAUAUUGAUCAUCUCCAAGCGAAGCUAACUGCUGAGCUUGCUGCCCAGGACGCAGACCGCAAGUCAUUCGAAUCAGAGCGCCGCCUCGCUUCCGAGCGGUACGGGAACCUCGAACGAAGCGUUGAGGUCACGCGUCGUGAUCUCGAAGCGGCGCAGGUUCAACUUGAAGAAGCUAAUUCGGCUUGCGAGGAGUUGCAAAACGAAAAGGCAGUACUGGAGCACAGAGCCACCGAAUUAGAGGCCGAAAUCCAACGUGGUCUUUCGAUGGGGCGCCACCUUGAAAGUCAACUUGCUGAAAGCUCGCGUGAAUUGGCGGGUCUUAAAACAGACUUCGAACAAGUCAAGGGCGAGCGUUUCCAGGCUGUCCAGGCGGAGAAAUCAGCCCAGAUUGAGUUGACGCUGCAGAGAUCGCGGUACGAGCAAACAAUCGCCUCCCUCCGGCGCCAGAUUGAUGCUCUGAAGCCAAACGUGCAACACGAGGAGAUGAUUGCGGACCUUCAGGACGAACUUCAAAGGAUGGACGAUAUGCUUCGGGCCAAGACUCAAGAAAUUGAGGAAAAUGAUGACCGGUUCCUCGAGCUCAUGAAAGAGAAGAAGAAGAUGACUACCAAAAUCGAAAGUCUCAGUCGCAAGGUGCAGACUCUGCAGUCAAAGCUAGCCUCUGCUAAGGAGACCGCAUUGGCAUCCACCGCCCCUCCCCCUGCCGCUGUGGCUUCGUCGUCUCGAUCUCCUUCAAUGGCAGCCCCUUCUCCUAGCCAAGGCUCAGCAAAAACCACCAUUCCUCCAAAGUUCAUCGCUGUCCUCAACGGUGCAGGUCAAACUCGUUUGUCUACUUCGCCUCAGUCCCAUUCCCGCGCGGUGUCUGGACCAUCCAGCUCAUCAGGACCAACCUCGAUGCCCGGACCCAGGACACCUGAUCGUAACAUGGCGGCACCAGCCGUGUUCAAGCUCAAGACGCCAGAGCAUAUCAGGCAACCGGUGGAAUCUCCUCCUUCUGAACCAUUACCACCUCCCCCAUCGACUACCUUGAUUGGGAAGAAGCGCUCAGCUCCCGACGAUAACUAUGACUCUGCGCGUGCUCAAGGUUUCACUGCCGACGGUGCACCUUUUAAUCCAGACCGUGAUCGCAGUGACUUGACCCCACGAGUACGAAAGCAGACGCGCAUCGGCGCUGGUUUCACGCCCGUACGCAACAUCAUGGCCAGGACUAUGGGCUCUCCGCAAGUUCGUGACACCGAGCUGGCUAUGCCUGCCGACGUUACGAACAGCCCCGGUCGAGCGUCAAGCUCCCGUUUGGAUUCGAAGGCGGUUGUCAAGAAGGGGUGGUUGGGCAAGAUGAGAGGAGGAUCUUCGACAGCGGCUCAGAAUCACAGCCGCCAGGCGGGUGGCCAUGGCACGUCGCGAGCGAAUGUGUUCGAGCGACCCCGGGGGCCAUAGGACUCGUUGGACUUUUCUCCCUUGGUACCAUAUCUGUACACGCUCCGAAUCUAUCCCAUCAUCUGCUCGCAUUGUACCAUUAACCAUGUACAUAUCUUGUUCGUAUCCUUAUUCGCUCUCAGUUUUUUUCGUGUACCCUCCGCACCGUGAUAUAUACUGGUGCUGUGUUU